AAUAGACCAGCACCGAGUGCUAGAUCAGUCGCCGACAGGAACCAAGGCUGUUAUCAAGAGAACCUCCAAAGUCAAGCAGCAAAACACGCAAGAAUAUGAGUGGGAGUAAGAUAAUCAAGGAUGCUAUUCAUGGGCACAUUGAGAUUCCUGCCCUCUGUGUCCGAAUCAUGGACACGCCGCAGUUCCAGAGACUCAGGUUUCUGAAGCAGCUUGGCACGGCCUCCUUCGUGUAUCCUGCGGCGUCUCACAACCGUUUCGAACACUGCUUAGGGACAUGUUAUCUGGCGGGGAAGAUGGUGGAAGCCCUUCGCAGCCGACAGGCGGAUCUCGGGAUAACUGAGAAGGACGUUUUGUGCGUCCAGAUCGCGGGCCUCUGCCACGACCUCGGCCACGGCGCCUUCAGUCACGUCUUCGAAACGUUCAUGAAGGAAUCCAAGAAAAGCUUCAAACAUGAAAAGAUGUCCUGUCGGAUGUUCGACGAUAUCAUGAAGAAUUUUGGAGCAGAAGGGCUAGAUGAGGAAGACGUUCAGUUUAUCAAGGAUCUCAUCCUUGGAAAAAAGCCUUCACAGGAGAACGGGAGACCAGCAGAAAAAGCUUUCCUUUUUGAGAUUGUGAACAACAAGAGGACGGGCGUCGACGUGGACAAGUGGGACUACAUCCUCAGGGACUGCCACGGCCUCGGUCUCAACGUGACCUUCGAGUACGAGCGGCUGAUUCACUUCUCUAAGGUUGCCAAAGUCGAGGACGAGUGGCAGAUCGUCUUCAAGGAGGCAGAGGCCGAGAACCUGUACGAGAUGAACCACGCCAGGAUGCUGCUGCACAAGAAGGCCUACCAGCAUCGCGUUGUCAAGAUCAUCGACCGAAUGUUGGUGGACGCUCUUCUGAAGGCUGACGAGUUUGUGAGAUACACGGGUGAAAAUGGAAGAAGCCUCAAGCUGAGCGAAGUGUGCACCGACCCGGUGGCCUACACUCACCUCACCGAUGACGUCAUACACCGGAUCCUGCGGAGGAAGGACUCGGAUCUCGUAGAAGCCAAGGAGAUCCUGAAUAACAUUCUGACGAGGAAAAUAUACACCUACGUCGACGAGGUGAAGGAGAUCACGGAAAAAGAGGAAAGCGAGAUAAAGAGACUCGGGGGCAUGAGCUUGAAAAGGAAGAUCACAUUUGGCAGCAAGAAAGGGAAUCCCUUGGAGGAGCAGCACUUCUACCGCCGAGGAGAUCCGAAUACAUACGUAACUCUGAAGGCGGAGCAGGUCUCGAGAAUGCUUCCAAAAGAGUUCAAGGAUGUCAACUAUUACAUCGUUGCGAAGGAAGAAUGUGAUGCACAAAGGAUCAGAGAGUUCCUUG